CCAUAGACAAAAAACCAUGGCGCACAUUCAUGAUUGCUAUUUUUAUCAUUUUAUUUUUAUUCAUUUGAGGCUUUUUCCUUCAUACUAGGUUAACUAUCGAUCGAAUAAUUGCUUUCCCUAUUGUUUUUUCUAUUUUAAAAUUGAAAAUGCCAGUCUUAAUCGAGCGAGAACGUCCCUCAAAACAACAGCUGAAAGCUGUCCAGGCUUACAUCAUGAGGCGGCGACUCAAAGAAAGACAAGCUUUGGAGGAAAGUAGAGCAAAGGAAGAGGCCGAAAAACAAAGAAAGAGGGAAGAAGAGAAAAAGAAGGAGACAGUAGAAGACGUUAAAAUGGAGAUCAGUAAACAGGRAGCCAAACUGGAGGCACUUAAAAACGAAAAACAUCAGUUGUUUCUGCAAUUGAAGAAAGUUUUGAACGAGGAUGAAGAGAAAAGACAAAAGGAGCGCCAGUCAUCUGUUAUGAUGCCCCCACAGCAUCCCCACCCUUUGAUGGGUGGUAGUGUUCAUCGUAUGCCGUAUGUUAUGAUGACUCCCAGACCUGCGUUUGGAAAUAUGCCGAGGAAUGUACCAUCUUCUCAACCAAUGGCUACGACUAAUGUCCCAUCAAAAAUUCUAGUUCCUGCUAGAGUGGAGACCCCUAUCACUAGUGCUCCAGGGGGCACAAGAGAUCUCCCUAACAUUCCCCAAGAAUAUCAAGGUCAUCAUAGCAACCAACCCUCAAGGCACCCUUACCCAGGUUCAUUCGGAGGAGGAUCAAAUUACCCAUUUGGUCAAGGGACAACAGCUAAUGCACAGCCUGAAAAACACUUCAAGAUUACAGGUACUGGUAACCAGGGCCAGGUAUUACCAGGAAACAAUCCAAUUCCACAGUCUACAGGGAUUACACCAAUGGCACCAGUACAUGUUGUUACUACCUAUUCACCAACAUCAUCAACAUCGUCAUCAUCUGGAAACCAGCUUUCUCCUUAUCAUCAGCAAACUAAUCAGCAACUGAUUCCAUUGCAGCAAUCAAAACAUGUUUCACCAAAGCCAGCUGUAGCAAGUUCUGCAUCACCGCUUGGGCUUUCAGUGCAGGGACAGCAACCUCAUCCUGCUGAGCCUGGACCAUUCCAUGGAAAGCAACCAGUAAAACAACAACACCCACAGCACCCUUUAUCAACACACCAACUAGUACCAGUACAAUACCCCAAACAUGAAGCAAAACCAUCAACACCCUAUCAAAAACAGGACAUUAACCAGCCAGUACAGUAUCCAUUAACACAACAGAUACAGUACCCUAGGCAAGAAGCAAGUCCUUCCACACAAAAACCAAUCCAAACAGUUCAGUACCCCAAACAUGAUAUAAACCAAUCAACUUUACACCCACCACAAUACCAUAAACGUGAUGUACCACCUUCASAUCAGAAGUACCAGUCGCAACAAGUGGAACAACAGCAUACUAAACUCCCUGUGUACCAAACUCAGCCAAAGCCUGAAGAUGGACUGCAACAGCAAAUUAGUAAUGUGCCACCACCGCCGCCACCACCAGUGCAAAAUCAACAGCAUAAGCAACCCCAGUCUUAUAACCUCUCCAAAAAUCCAGAAAAUACCAAGCAAGAUUAUCCACACCAGAGGCUACAACAGUAUGGAAUGCAUAGUUAUCAACAGCAUUCUAAACAGCCACCACAGUCAUACACAAGUCAAUUGCCUUCACAACAACAGCAAACAAAGAAACAACCAGAUAAUGAUCAGCAAAAACAGCAAUCAUUUCAAAUGCCAUUGACGCAACAACAACAAGCAUAUGGGUAUCCUAUACAAGCACAACAGCAAGCUUACCCAGAUCAUCAGCAGUAUGUAGCCAAGAACCAGGGUCUGCAUCAGCAACCCCAAGGUCAGGUUAGUUACCCACACCCUGCACCACAGACUGGGCAAGCACAACAGCAAAGCUACCCUGGGUACUCAAAUGUACAAGAACAGCAAGCAGCAUCACUGUAUUCCCAACAGCAAACAAGUUAUCCUAUACAACAACAGGUUUAUGGCUACCCAGUGCAACAAUAUCAAGCACAGCCAUAUGGAUAUCCCAUCCCUGUGGAACACCAAGGACAACAACAACCCCAGCAGCAUCAAGCUGCCACCCAUAGUUACCAACCUGCUCCUCAGUCUCCACAACAAGGGAAGACUCAAUCAAGGCAGGCACAGUUUGAUCCUAGUAAGGUUGACCAGCAGAUGCCACCACCUCCUCCACAGAGACCACCACCACCAAAACAAGAACAGACACAGACUUCAACAGGAGGGCACAGCACACAUUAUGGGGAAUUUUCCAACUCUCAGACCAGCAAGAGGCCCAGUCACAGGUAUAACCCUUACUCACAAAGUAAGAGGGACCAUCAUACAAGCAGCUCUUCAAAGUCUAAAUACAGUGACAAGCAUCCAAGCUCUCAAGAUGAACAUUCAGGAAGUAGUUCACAUUCUUCACGUCAUUAUUACCACCCAAGCAGUAAAAGCUCACACGGCAAGAGUUCAAGUUCCAGUUCCUCACAGCACAGACAACCAAAAUAUCACUAACUGUAUGCCAAGAGAAUAUCCCCUAAUUCAAAAAACGUUGCCCAUUGGAUAUCUGAAAUAUGAAAUUUGAAAAGGGGAACAUGCUGCAAAAUGUAAUAUGUUCGCAAACAAACAACGCAGUUUCCUACUUUUAAAUAGGAAUAUAAAGCACGACCUUUUAUCUUAUUAGUAAUAUUAAUUCAAAAGUAGAAAUAUAAAAUAUGUAGGCUCAUUAAGAAAAGAGUACGAAUAUACAAACAAACAAAAAAGAGUAACUUAUUAAAAAUUAAAUAACGUUAUAA